AUGCAUACUGCUAAUAAUUUCUUCGAAUUGAUUAAUGGAUCAACUAAUAAAGAUGACGAUUUUGAUUUAGGAAUUGAUUUCGAUACAGCUUAUAAUAUCUUUAAAGAAGAAUUUUCAUUAGAUGCCGAAAAUGCUAAUAAUAACCUAUUUAACAAUAUUGCUUCUCCAGUCAGAAACGAAGUGCCACCACUAGAAGAAACUCUGGUCGAACCUCCUUCCAAUUCAAAAUUACCUGAAACUCCAAUUGCAAAUGAAGAAACAUUAGACUUACAUAUUAAAGAAAUUUUAAAUCAUGGCAAUACAAAUAUUCAAACCCCAGCUCUAUUGACUACUAUUGAAUCAUCUGCAAUUGAAAAUUUCUUAGAAAGCGUAAUGACAUCAAACCCAUCUCCACCAUCAUUUAAUCACCAUGUGGUUCGCGAACCACACGUUUCGCCAGCUUUAACUACUUUAUCUCAUAUCCAUACUCCUUCUUUGCCACACGAUGAUUACAGAAAUGUUGGUCUGGAAUUAUCACCAAUUAUAACUAGACCAAACGAGAUUCCUUUCAUAGUCCCCCCGAACACAUUUGUUGCUACAAAUUCAAAAAUUCAUAACAUUUAUGCAAAAUAUUCCAGUUUUGAAACUUCUCAGGAGGUUCCAGUGGAAAAUUUGCAGACAUCAACCGACUUCGAAGAGAUUUUAACUAGAAAUAAACUGGAUUUCAAAGAGUCUGAUGUCCUCCAACCUUUCUACGCACCUGGUAAUUUAUAUUUACCUGAAUUAAGAAUCUCGGAUUCAGAAGUUCCCCUCCAUAUCAAAGAAGAUACCGAAACAGUUAAGAAAUGGAAACACGUAGAAGCUGAGAAGAAAAGAAGAAACUUAAUUAAACGAGCUUUCGAUAAUUUAAUUUCAAUAAUGAAUGUGUCCAAAAAUGAUGAUAAUAACACAUUAGACAGCGAUGCCAAUAUUUAUUUAACAACAAGCGGGAAAGUAUCAAAAAGAGUUCCUAAACAUAUUCAAUUGAGAAGAAUUGUCCAUGAUAUAAAAUUAAUUACAAAGGCAAAUGAAAAGUUGGAGCACAUGCUGAAAAACGAUAUUAUAGAAAUAAUUACAUAUAAUAUUAAUUAG